UCGUUUUCCACGCGUGGAUAAAGAAAACUACAUUCCUUCAUGCAUUUAUUCUUACCGGUAAACAAUUAAUGUUGUUGUUUUACAGUCGUACACCGAUAAUGACGACGAUUUCGAGAGUUGCAGCGACUCGGACGAGGACAAGGUUAAAGAAAAACCUUGUACACCUGCGUGUUGGGGAGUUCUCAGUCGAAGCAAUGUUUUGGACUACGAUGAAUGGAGACAAUUGUGUGAUUUAGCAAACAUGUUACUCAGAAGGGAGCCUGAACCUGAAGAUUACGAAGUGGAUCAUUCGCUUCCUGAUUGCGAAUUGAGAUGCCAAUUUAUCUCACCGUUUUACCCGUUGGUGGAAACACGACUUGAGUUCGUCGGUGGUGCGUUUUCCAACACUUGCUCUCCAAUCCAAGAAGAAGAAUUACCGGAUGAGGACAAAGUUGGAGACAAGGAUUCAACAAAGUCCUCCAGUCAUCUCCCUUCUCCACUGCUGUCUCCCAAGCGCAAAAAGCUCCAAAAAAUCACCCCACAACGCAAAACCAUUUCAGAGCCUGGUUCAUACAUUGAGUCAGGAGAGAGUGACACCGACAGUUACGACUCUCUCCUUGCACAGAAAGCUACCACCCAUCCACCAUCUCCCCACUUCGUUUCCCCUCCACUUAGCUGCGGCCCAAAAAAAAAAAAGGGGGGGUUCAGCAAAACUGAAGUCAACGUUGUGGUAGCGUAUGACGACGAUGACGUACAAAACAGUGGCUGCGGAUUCUGCCAUCUUUUACGAAAGAUGGCCAAAAGAAUCAAAAAACUAUUUAAAUAA